AUGGCGACGGCGACGAUGGAGACGACGGCGACGACGGAAACGGCGACGGCGACGACGGUGCGCGUCAAGGCGAGACGGGCGGGCGGCGCGGACGUCGGACCGGUGACGCUCGCGCUCGACGCCACGGUGGGAGAGCUUCGACGAGCGAUCUACGACGCGGAGUGGCUCGAGAGAGAACGAGGGGAUGAGAGCGCGAGCGAACCGAUGUGCUCGGAGAAACCGCCGAGUUACGAAUACGUCAUGAUUUUGUGCGACGGGAAAAUGCUCGGACCGGAUGAAAAGAGUUUGGAGGCGUGCGGCGUGAGAGUGAUGGCGGACGGACAACCGCGCGUUUUGCACGCCAUUAUCACCGAACGCGCGGCGGUGGCGAACGAGAGCGGGCUAACGGUGGUUGAUCCGGAGAAGCUCGCGGCGGCGCAGGCGCAACCGACGUGUUGCUCCGUCAUGUGA